AUGGCCGGAUUAGGAAAUGAUGUUUUUGGUGGUGGUAAAGAAGGAGCAGAUGGAGGUGGUGGUGGUACUUUACAAGCUUUAACUCAAGGUGGUACUGCCGGAACCUAUAAUCCAAAUUAUCAAACAAUGGCUGGUCUUGGUAAUCAUGUUUUCGGUGAAAAAGGUGGUGGUAGUGCCAAGCCUGGUAAUCGAUAUCAGGAUAAUGGAGAUUUUUCAGCCAAGCCUGAUAAUCGAUAUCAGGAUAAUGGAGAUUUUCCAGCCAAGCCUGGUAACCGAUUACUUGGCUCAUAA